UCUCCCCUCUCCUUGACCCCCCACGUCCAAGUUCAGCCGAUUUCUCCCGGGCUCUGUUCUCGUCGCCGCCUACCCUUCUCUACUUUCCUCUCUCAUCUCCUCCACCAAACCCCAUUUUUGGCUGACUCAUAUUCUCGAUAACAAUCCAAGCGGAGUCUUACUUUUUGCCUGCUUGCGCGUCGCUGACUCCUUGCAAAAGGUUUCUCCUUUUCAUCACCCGAUAUAGCAAAGGCCUGUUAUUCGUUCUGGGAGUCCCCUGAUCGGCUCGAUUUGCGGGAAAGGAGAGAAGGGCUGUUGGACAAUGGAGAGGAUCAUUGGAGGGAGGUUUAAGAUGGGUCGGAAGAUAGGUAGCGGCUCCUUCGGCGAAAUUUAUAUUGCUGCCGAUAUUCAGACAUCCGAGAUUGUAGCGAUGAAGAUGGAGAGCAGGAAGACUAAACACCCGCAACUACUUUAUGAGGCCAAGUUAUAUAAUGCCCUUCAAGGAGGAAGUGGUGUUCCAAGCAUGAAAUGGCAUGGUAUUGAUGGAGACAAUAACGUUUUAGUUAUGGAUCUUUUGGGACCGAGUCUUGAGGAUCUUUUCGUAUACUGUGGAGGGAAGUUUUCAUUGAAAACAGUUUUGAUGCUGGCUGAUCAGAUGCUUGCAAGGAUAGAGCAUUUACAUUCAAAGGGAUUUUUGCAUAGAGACAUCAAACCAGAUAACUUCCUUAUGGGUCUAGGGAGAAAAGCAAAUCAGGUUUAUAUGAUUGAUUUUGGACUUGCAAAAAGAUACAAGGAUCCCACAACCAAUAAGCAUAUUGCUUACAGAGAGAACAAAAAUUUAACAGGCACUGCCCGCUAUGCGAGUUGCAAUACUCAUUUAGGAAUUGAGCAAAGUAGACGGGAUGAUCUGGAGUCUCUUGGUUAUGUUCUUCUUUACUUCUUGAGAGGAAGCCUUCCAUGGCAGGGUCUGAGAGCUGCCACUAAAAAGCAAAAGUACGACAGGAUCUGUGAGAAGAAGCUAUCCACUCCAAUUGAGAUCCUCUGCAAGUCUUAUCCUGCGGAGCUUGCUUCCUACUUCCAUUAUUGCCGCUCUUUGACAUUUGAUCAACGCCCAGAUUAUGGAUUCUUGAGGCGCCUGUUUCGUGAUUUAUUUACUCGUGAAGGAUACGAGUCUGACUACAUAUAUGACUGGACCAUUCUUAAAUAUCAGCAAUCGCAACAGACAAAGAUGAAGGAUCAAUCAACUCCUGCCGUUGAUGUGCCUAACCGUAUUGAACCAAAUGUUGUGGAUAAGAAUAAAGGUGUUAACGGCUCUGCUCAAAUUGCGGAGGCAAGACCAUUAACAAAUGUUAAUGCACGCGUUAAUAUGCAAAUCAGAGCAUCGCACGAUGAUCAGAAUCUGAAUGCAGAGGAUCAGGUUGUGAAACUUCCUGUGAAAAAUGGUCCAUCUACAUCUGCGAGGCCCAGAAUCUCAGAAAAUGUGUCGAAAGCAGAGAAACCAAUAGGAAGCUCAAACCCGGGUCGUGUAUUUGGGCAUAACACUGGCACUUCAAGCAGCUGGAUUCCUUCGCUACGCAGAAUUUCUUCGGCCAAAAAAUAGAUAUGGGUUUUGAAGGAGUCACUUGAGGGGGCUUUGUUAGUGUCUCAAAUGUCAGGACACUCACAUUGCCAAAGGAAUGGGACUGUUAUGACGAGCAGGAUGCCUAAAGAUCGUCGUCUUCCCUGAGCAUCGUAUUAUCAUGCUAAAGACAUCGGAUGGUAACUAGGAGCAUACAUGAUGCUGCGUGGGGUAUAUGGCAGAAGGCAGAUGCCCCCAUUUCAGAUUCCAAAGAGGGAAAUUGACGACGAUGAAUCUAUUUGCAGAACAAGCUAUGUCGGUGGAUGUUUAUCCGCUUGCGUCCUGCGGGAGGGGGAAAACGCGGGAAAGGAUGUUUUUCUCAAUGAGGGGUGAGGGAAGUCAAGAUCUUUGAUUCUGCGUUCGGUGUCAAUUCAUUUUUUAUAUCAUCAUCUCACUUGAGUCAGAUUCAAGCGUUGUUUGGCUCAAUAAGGAUAUCUCGAGUGUUUUUUGUAUGCACUCGGCUCAUGAACACGAUUUUUUCCCUACUAAAGAUCAACUUGAUUUGUUUAUAUCUAAAAUAAUACUAUAACAAUAAGGUUCCUUUCUCGUGUCA